ACUGGCGGGGUGUAUGUAAAUGACACGGGGGGCUCAGGGACUCAGCUCCCCGGGGCUGCUCGCUCUUCUGCAGCUGGGCUUCAGGAGGGGGUGACAGCCACCCACCCUCACCUCAGCCCUUUUCCUUCAGCUGCACCAGCACACCCACAGCUCACCCCACCACCCCGUGCCCUGGGCACUGGGGUGGCAUCGCUGACCAUCUCUCUUGGCUGCUGGGAGGAGCAGAGAGGUUUCCCUGCGCUCUCACACUCAGGCCCUCUGCUGCCAGGCAUGCAGGAGGCCAGGAGCCUGAGCCACACCGUGCCAAGGAUGCCCUGGGGAGGCAGCAGGCCGGGGGCCACCAGGGAGAACGGGCGAUGGGAGGCAGCUGUCCCAUCACAGAAACAACAGAAGGAAAGCUGCUGCUCCCUUCCUGCAGCUCCAUGACGGUGACAGGAAUGACUGGGCAGGGUCUCAGCAUAACUUGAAGCAGGGGCUGGGAGCUGCUGAGGGUGCUGCCUCUUGGCCAGGGCCACCUCAGGAGCAGCAGCUGUGUUGGGUGGCUGCUGAGGCCAGCGGGCAGGAGGUGUGUGUCCCCAGGGAGCGGGGCAGAGGUGGCUGCAGCACAGCUGGUGCGGAAGGACAGCAGACUGUUACAGCCAACGGCCACCAGCUCAGCCAGCGUGAAGCCACUCCUGCCUGUGACACCUGUCACGGGGCCACUGCGUCACACGGCCACCAGCCCAGCCUGUCCCCACGGUGAGGGCAGGGGGCACUUCUCAUGUGCCAGAGCCGCUGGGCACCUCCUGCCCUCCACAGGCAGGCUCAGCCCCUGCCAGUGUCACCUCAUCACCACCCAGGGACAGCCACUCCCUCCCUCUGCAGCUCCCACAGAGCCCCAAGGCCUCAAGGCCCCAGGGUUUGUCCCUGCAGAUGUCAGCAGUUUGUGUUUCAUGAGCUCUGGCAGGUAGGAGCACCCUGCAGGUACAGCUCCCUUUCUGCCCACCAGCACUCCCCACAUUCUGCCAAGUGGUGGCAAGAUGAACACAAGUCUCCUGCACGUGUCCCAAGGGAGGAGUGUCACACACACACCUUGUCCCAAGUGCUGAGCAGGUCAAGUCCAGGGAUUAGACUGACUGUGAAAUGAAACCUGGCUAGACAGAGGGAAAUCACCUCCCUGAUGCAGAGAAAGGGAAUUUGUCCUCAGAGCAGUGACAUUAUCCCCACUGGAUAAUGCAGCACAUCAGUGUUGUUACUGGUUCCCACCAUUUCAGCCUCCCCAUCUGCUGAGCAGCCCAGGGACAUGAUUUCACUCAUGUUUUCCUCAGGAAAAGGGGAUGAUGCUACAGGGCCCUGACUGCAGGAACACUUGCACAGCAACAUUUGGGCACCAAACAGAAGAUGCAGCCAGCACAUGACCGUGUCCACCACGGGGCUGCAAAACCCCAGUGCCUCCUGCUCCAGAGUAGGAGCAGCACAGGCAGGGUCCUCGGGGGGAUUUUUCCAGUGGCAUCCAGCCAUGUCACAGAGGAAGCCGGGCUGGCCUUGCAGCAGUGCUGGGCUCAGUUAGGAGCAGGGUGAACAGAUGUGGCACCACCACAGCCCAGAUGAGCUGCAGGACAAAUGGCAGGGGGGGCAGGAAAUAGCACGAGACUACAAAAAGUCGUAAAUUCAGAGGAUCUGGGACCACAUGGAGCAGGCAGCCUCCCCAAGAGGCUGUUGUUUAGCUCAGCCCUUGCUCUGCCUCCCUUCUCCCCCCGCAGGAGGCUCGAGAAUCUGCAGGGGCCGUUCGCUGUUGCUGGGCAAUCUGGCUACUGAAACCACAACAGCGUCAGUGGGGAUGCAGCCCGUGUGCCCGGGGCUCUCCAGCAGCUCCCAGCGCUGCCUGCAGGACGGGACCCGGCCCCACAGCCCUGCCAGGGGCACGGCAGCACCAUGUUCGCCACCGUGAGAUUCGGAGCCAACUGCCAAGAGAUGGUGAACCUGCUCUGCUCUGUCCAGACCCUCACAGGCCACCUGAAGUGGAAGUGUCAGUGCAGGCCUGAAGACUGCAUCGAUCUUGUGGAUGAAAAAGGCACCCUGAUGAACCUGAGCAAAGUGGAAGAUCCUGCAUCUGACUAUGCCAGUAAAUACCUGCAGGGAAGGCAGCGCUACAUCCUCGUCAGAGCUGCCCGACAAGAAAACUCUGAAGCCAUCUGCUAUGAAUCCUUGCUUGAGGACCUGGGGAAACACUACCCUGACCUCCCAGAUCGGCUGCAGCAGCUCUCAGAGAAGACUCAGAGGACAGAGCAGAGGAAGAAGGGCUGCUUGCAGAGGGCUCAGCCUCACACCAGCACCCGAGGCAGGAACAGGACCACCUCACAGAGCAAGAGGAGCUUGGAACACAAGAGCACCCCUAAGUGAGGAACAGACCCAUUGCUGGUCACCAGGCAGCACAGCCUCCACCAGGGCCCAAACACCUGCCCAGGUUCUCAUUCCAGCACAGCAAGAGUCCCCUGCUACUGAGCCCCUCUCCCUGGGACCCCCUGCCCCCCCAGAGCCUCACUAGCACAUCCCAGGCUGCACCCUGACAAUCCCAGCAUCACAGCCAGGCACAGGCACCAUCCUCCUGCUUCAGGGCUCUCGUGUUCCCUGGCAUGGCCUGCACCUGCACUCCUGUCACUGGCUGGGCCUGCUUCCCACUGCAGCUCUGGGGUGGCCCUGCAGGGACUGCCCACUGCAAUCACCAGGAAAAGCUGCUCCAGAGACAGCCAGGCCACAGAGCUGCAGAAGCAGCACUGCCAAGAUGGGUGAAAGGCAGAAGACACCUGCUGCUGCUUCUCCUUAACAGCUUCUCCACCCAGAGCAACUCACCAACAGCCUAAUACCCUUGUUUCUCAAAGGGAGUUGAACCGCUUUGGAGUGGUUCCUCCCUGCUCACACAGGACAGCUCAGCACACAGAGCACUUCAGCUUUUAAUCUCUGGCAUCUAGUUUUUCCCUUGGCUGUCUAAGGAGACCACAAGACACCCCUGAUAAGGCCAGGCACAGCUCAGGACAUCUCUACCAAGAACUUAAGACUCUGACAUUUAGAAGGGGCAGGAUUUUCAACAUCAGCCUCCAGUAUCUGCUGACAGCAUUUACCAUCUAGACUUGGAUUUCCUCACAGAUCCCAGCAAGGGGCUGAGAACUCGCCCUUUAUUCAACACUCAGAGAUCAAAAGGUUAAAAGACUCAUUCUGCCAUGAAAAAUGCCUCAGUUAAGCACCUGAAAGUGUCCUGGCUUCACUGCUGUGCCAUUAAAACUCCAGCUGAAACCUCAGAAUUCCCUUUUAGACCAGCGUGAGGAACACGGUGUCCUGCUAGAGGCCAGUCCACGGGCAGCAAUCACGAGGCUGAGCUGCCAAGGUGACUGGAAGAGGAAAGCAGCUCCAAACUUCCUCUGAUGCCAGUGACCUUGAGAACAUUGCAUAACCUGCUAAAGCUUCAAAGUCAGAUCAGCCAACUGUACCCAAGUCCCACAGCCAGACAGGUCACACUCUCAGCUCUGAGGGCAGGACAGGGACUCAGGAAGAGGAUAUCUAUAGAAAAGUAAUUUGUCACUGAAAAUACCAUGGGACACAUGUUGGCUUACCUCACUGCAGCCUCUCCUCUGCCUGGAGGGCAGCCAGUGUCUGGAUCCCCUUCUGCCAAGUCAUGCAGGCCCAGUCCCUGCUAGGCUGCACCCCUGUUUGCAGGAAGUACAAACUUGUGCCUUGUCCUGUGGCUGACAAUGUUAAUGCUUUGGUAGCUUGAUCUUAGCUUGAGAAUUAAAUAAAGAAUGUGCACAGGUGAUAGGUCUAAAUAAAUUCUUUUAUUUCUCUGUAAUAAAUACAGUGCUAUC